GCUGCCCAUGGAAAGGCGCCCGAGCAGUUGGGGGUUUGGUGCCUUGCGCAAGAGCACCUUGGCAGUGCCCAGGAGGUGAACUGGCACCUCAUCCGACAUGACACCUUGUCAGAAGCCUGGUUUGUCUACUUCUACCGAUUAAAGAACCUGUCGCUGUAUAAUGUCAUUGCAGAGGGAGAGAACUAAUUCAGCCACAUGUGCAGGCCUACAGAUGCUCUUUUUAUUUUAUUAGUACAGAGAAAACUUCAGCAUACAGCCUUCAUCAUGUUUACACAACAAAUAUGCUUCUGUAGAGUCAACAAAAUAACCAAAAAAAGGUCCUUGUCUUAACCAUCUCAAGGCCCCAAACUGUGGCUGAAUUUGGCCACCCUUCUCUAUAACAGACCCUUUAGCCAACAGUGACUUUAAGGUCCUAUUGUCCUAUUAUUGUAAGGUGAUGGUGACCUCUGAAAACAGAGGACCCGAGUUAUGAUCCAAACACUCACAGCUGUGUUGGUGUUUAAGUGUUGGCUCAUGCUGCAGUGUGCAUAAAUACAACAAACCUGUUUUUUGUUUUUUUAAAUAAGUCACAUAAAUGCAGAAUGGGGUCAUAUUUGGAGAAAUGUCUCUGGUUGUCUUAACAACAAAACAAACUACAUGAAUCCAGUUCAUUGCAACGGCAAAAUUAAAAUAUAGGAAAUGUAGGAUUUUGAUUAGACACAGCCAUGAUAGUAGUUAUUGCUUUUGAAUUGGUUUUGCAGUCAGUUAGAUGGCCGGCAAUGGUGUCGCGUGCUGCCGUUGGUCACAAAGGUUUUCUCCAGCACAGCAACAUUCACACUGAGCUGCUGAGGCAGCAAGCUGGAGGCUUUGUAGGUUUGUCUGAUGCCAGGUGGAGAGACCGAAAGCAGGAAUGAAAACUUGAGCUUUAGCAGUCUUAAAUGUAAGUAGCAUAAAGGUAAAACAAUAUAAACAAUUUGGGAAAUGGAGUUUAACCACCCAAGGCUCUUCCCAGUCCUGCAAAUUAAAGGGAAAUAGUGUAGCUAUUUACAGAUUUGAAAUCCUUUGGAAAUAAAAUUGUUAUUGGCAACGGAAGAAAAUCAAUUACAUUUCUGUAAAUAGUUUGUAUUUUUUUAAUUGCAAGUACUUCAUUUUGAAUAUGCAUCAGACCUGUUUCAUGUUUUAUGUCUAAAUAUAGCAAUGACAAAAAAGCAAUACGUACUUGGUUGAGAAAACAGCCCCACUCCUGCUGACUGAAUCAAGAUUUAAACUGGUAUUUCUUUUACAUAUUUUUUUAUCGAAUUAUUACAUAGUUCAUGUUGUUACAUUUUUGGGACACAUCUGAGGAUACUUUGCACUCAUUGGCUUGAUUCAUUCAGAACCAUAAAAAAAGGUCCCACUUUUGUCCUGCCAGGCUGUUGUGGCGGAGGAGAUAAGAGCCUGUGCGAAGGCCUUUGAACAACAGCGCUUCAAUGACAAGUUCAACUGACCUUUUAUUUUCCUUUUCGCAUUGAAAGCGGCCAGUUUCUUUUCUUUCCCAUUGUAACCAAUCAGUCCACUCCCAAUUUAUAGGGAUUUCUUUGAGCUUGUACGUGUGAUGUUCCGCCUUAACACUCAGGUCUGAUCUUACAGGUUUUUGUUUUUCUGCAUCCUAACCUGUUGCCGCCCCCUCCUACUCCCUGUCCAUUUGCAUGGCAACCCUUUACCAGGCCAGCUGCUGCUGCCGCCUUUCUUCGUGUUGAAUUCUAAUCAUUACUUUCAAAGGAAAGCGUCUCCAAAGCUCCUUUAUCAAGUGUCCGUACUGGGAGGAGGCAAGCCGCUGUCCAGCAGCCACUCAGGCAGCACUUCUUCUCAGCUCUUCUGUUCUACAGUCCGGGAGCAUUUCCUAUUGGUAACCCACUUUUUCAAGUUAGGAGAAAAACAACACAUGGAAGAAUACGUUCUGCAGUGAUGCCAUGAGGUUGAUUCUGGUUAAACCCACCAACGCAACGCGGCGUCUUGACUCAACGGGUGAAGUCUUCCGGGAUGGGGACCACGAGCAUUGUACCUCAGGAGGUCCAUCACCUCCGAGAAAAACUCCUGAGGCGACGCGCGAUCGAUACUCAGGUGCCCCCAUGGAUACAUCUUCUUCCCCACAGGAGACGAGUCUGUGCUGCGUUUCAUCCUCACCCCACGAAAGGUCUAAUGGAAUCAGUCUACCAAGAGAUUCGGGCCAGAUGUCGCCAAUGAAAACCCGAAACCUAACCUUAUCACAGCUGAGUGAUCAGGACUGGCUGCUGCUUUGUGGCCAGGUUAGCAGUGCAGGAGAUGAUUCACUGUCAGCGGAGAGAGCAGGGACCAGUGUGGGACUUCCAAACCAUAAUGACAGAUGUGGUUGUUCCUGUCUGGACGCACACCAACAUCCAGAGGCUUCUAGUUUUCAUCCGCAUUCAAAACAGGGCACUGUCCAGCAAGACUGCCUCUCCAGAGUUUCAAACAAGAGACGCCUUUCAUCUUCACCUGUUUUACCACAGGAAAUAAACCAAGGGGAUCUUUUGAAACCUGCAAUGACCCACCCACAGGAUCAUUUCACGCUCCAGUGCGGUGACCAAGAACGUCGAAAGGAGCUAUUGCAGCAACAACCUUGCAAUCAUUUUAAACUUAAAGACAGCAGCCAAGCAACUUUAUUCAACAUUCCUCUGAACUCCAUCGAGUGUGCUGAGACAAAUCAGAAGCUCCACCAACACCCUCAGCCUGCAGACCUCAACUGGAGAGAGCUUUUUGGCAAAGAACCACUGUUAGUUCAGCAACGUCAAAAGCACGAUUCCCACUGCUCGAUGAGCGGUGAUCAGACCUGCAAGUCAUCUGGAGAUCCCUCCAUCAUCCUCAAGUGCCGUCAUCUCGCUUACGACCCUUUAACCAGCACUCCGCGGGUGCAGAGGUCAUCAACUCCAGCCAGUAACAAAAGUGUCCAGUCCUCCACCAGCCAGUAUAGCUCACAGCGACAAAGUCAGACAAACUAUCAACACCUUAGUGGAUCAAGACCCUCGCUCCCUAAACACACUCCUCCAACUUCCUCCACCUUACAAACUGAUGAUUUAGUCAGCAGAGAUGCGGUGCGACCGCUGAGCAGCCACGGUACUUUAAGAUCCAGUCUUGCAGAUCUCCACUCAGGCCAACAGCCUCUUCAGCUUCUCCACAGUGCCAUCCUGGAUGACGCCUUCUCCAAAGUCAUCAGAGAAGAUUCCAGUAAGGCUAACAGUGAGAACCUGAGCAGGGAGGAAGGCAGCGUACCACAGAAGUCCAAGUCCAAGGACAUUAGCUACCGGCUGGGUCAGAGAAAAGCGCUCUUUGGGAAGCGCAAACAGUUGAGCGACUACGCGUUGGUCUGUGGGAUGUUUGGCAUUAUCGUCAUGGUGAUCGAGACAGAGAUGUCUGGGGGAUUUUACAGCAAGGAAUCCAUAUAUUCAUACAUACUGAAAGGCCUGAUCAGCCUCUCCACUGCUAUUCUUCUUGGACUCAUUGUGAUGUACCAUGCAAGGGAAAUCCAGCUCUUCAUGGUGGACAACGGAGCAGACGACUGGAGGAUAGCGAUGACCUUUGAGCGAAUUAUCUUUGUUGCGUUUGAGCUCCUUAUCUGUGCCAUCCAUCCAAUCCCGGGCCAGUAUGUGUUCACCUGGACUGCUCGACUGGCCUUCAGCUACACAGCAUCGGUGGCAGACGCUGACAUUGACAUCAUCCUCUCUGUGCCCAUGUUCCUGCGCCUCUACCUGAUUGGCCGGGUCAUGCUGCUCCACAGCAAGCUGUUCACGGACGCUUCCUCCCGCAGCAUCGGGGCGCUCAACAAGAUCAGCUUUGACACUCGUUUUGUCAUGAAAACUCUGAUGACCAUCUGCCCCGGCACAGUUCUUCUGGUUUUCAGUGUGUCUUGUUGGAUCAUAGCAGCGUGGACCGUGCGCGUAUGUGAGAGGUAUCACGAUGCACAGGCGGUGACCAGUACCUUCCUUGGAGCAAUGUGGCUGAUCUCCAUCACCUUUCUGUCCAUCGGCUACGGGGACAUGGUCCCUCACACCUACUGCGGCAAGGGGGUUUGCCUGCUGACAGGAAUCAUGGGAGCGGGCUGCACAGCAUUAGUGGUCGCCGUUGUUGCAAGGAAGUCAGAACUCACCAGAGCCGAGAAGCACGUCCAUAACUUCAUGAUGGAUACUCAGCUCUACAAAAAGGUAAAAAACACAGCAGCCAAUGUGUUGAGGGAGACAUGGCUCAUCUACAAAAACACCAAGCUGGUCAAGAAGGUUGACCAUGCCAGAGUACGCCACCAUCAGCGUAAAUUCCUUCAAGCCAUCCACCAGCUGCGUAGAGUCAAAAUGGAGCAAAGGAAGCUAACUGAUCAGGCCAAUACAGUUGCUGACCUCGCCAAGACUCAGAACAUGAUGUAUGAUCUGGUGUUGGAGCUUCAGCAUCGGAGCGAGGAGCUGGACAGGCGUAUUGUAGCUCUGGAAGAGAAACUAAACUCCAUCCUUCUCAGCGUGCAGUCGCUGCCCGUUGUGCUUUCUCAAGCAAUAACAAAGCUACAAAAGGAUUUCCUGGACGACUUGGCCUGUCGUGUCCACUUUCUGUCAUCCUCCCUGAGCUCUGAGUGCUGUUCAGUCCCUGCCAGGCAGCUCUGUCAAGGUCCCACCACACCAGAGACACCGUACAGCUCAUAAGCCUCAGGGGUUUUCCUCUCUUUGAGUGUCCCCUGUGGCAACCCCCGCCGCAGCCUAAACGCACUACCCUCAUUCAAAAUGAAUGGAAAGUCCUGCGUUUUUGCCGGACUGUCAGACGGCCGACGCAGGCCGUCUGAACGCGGCCUUAGUCUGCAACCUUUUUUCAUGCUGGGAAGGAUUUUCCUAACAUGCACACUCUUUUUUUUAAGUAGCGCUCUGCUUCUCAUACAGUUACAAGCUACCAUCUCAUACUGAGCAGCUCGAGUGAGAAGGGAAGUUCCUCUAUCAGGGGAUUCUAGAGGAAGGGAAGAGCAUUAUUCCUUCAUUUCCUCUGCUCAAAGUUAGUUAGUCCAAGGACUGGGUUAUAGACAAACAUCAGUCCAUAGAGCCUCCUUUUGUCUCACACCAGAUAUCCAUAUAGGAAGAUGAUUUGUAAGAUGUGGCUUCAUGGAGAAUGAAUGGCUUAUCUUGUCUAAUUGAGUUAAUUCCUAAGCAAAAAAAUAAAUGAGGAAAUAUCCCCCCCUAAUUUUUAGAGUACACCUAUGAGGUCACAGACCUCCACUGGAUAAGCCUUUCUUGUUUUUGCUCACCAACCAACUAUCUUGCAAUAUUUAUUUCUGAAAAACGUAAUAUUUUAGAACUGAAAAAGGUUCUAGAAAUAUUAAGGAUAGCAGCUUUGACUACCAAUUAUCAAGGGUUGUCUCAGAAGUGGGCUUGUUACUGUCUGGUUCCUUUGCUGAACUGGUUAUGAAAAUGAUAAGAAAGGCUUCCCAUACACCAGGAGUUGUUGUUUUAUCCUGUUCCAUUAGAACACGUUUUCUGCAGUUUACAGUAAACGAGUUUCAAGGGCCACCUGAAUACUAUUAUUUAUCUUCUUUACUCACACCUUUGUUUGUUUUGGUUGUUUUGUGCUCAUUUGAGACCUAAUUUCUGUAU